UUUACCAUCAAAAAUUUCAAACCUGCUCGUUUCCUGCUUCGAUAUCUAAUGCUAGCAUGGCUUGUUUCAACCGUUAUUUUGCUUUUCAGCUUCUAUCACCAAUCGUCGAAAAGGGAUGAAUCAACUACACAAGUAAAAAGCAAAUUAAACCACAGCUUCAGGUUUCUGUCAAAGACUAAAAUUUUAAGAGAACUCUUUCAGAAAGUGAACGGACUUGUGGGUGCGACCAGGAAAAAUUCUGAUGGGACUUCUGGAACGGCGGUUUGUGUUGUAGAUCCAGCAAUGACUGAAUGUGGCGGCGGUGGGUUCUCUUCCUUUCUCCUGUACACGUUGGAUCAUAUUAUGGUGUGUCGCGCUCUAGGAAUCAACCAACAAACUGUGUUCUGGAGAGGUUGUAAUUCCGCUUGCGCGCGGGACCCAGCUGUAAACUCGUGGAUGUGGUAUUUCGAACCUGUUAACGAAGGAAUGGAAUCAAAAGUUGAAAAUGUUUUUUGUCCUUUAAUCCUUAAGGAUAUUACAGAAGUCAGGGUAGAGUAUUUUAGUCACAUGGAUCAAGCUGAUUUUAGGACUAGGAUCAUAGAUAAUAGUUUUAGUGAUAGAAGCGACGUUGAGGGAUAUGGUGAAAGCCGGAUCAUAACAACAGCGGAAAGAAUCCGUGUAAACAAAUUAAUUCGUCAGUAUGUUAAGCCCAAUUCUCGAGUAAAAGAGAGAGCAGACCUACUUUAUCGUCGAAAUAUGGCGGGGUUCACUCUUUUAGGAGUUCAAGUUAGAGCAACAGAUCACUGGAUGGAAGCGAAAGAUCACAAGCUGCCGUCCGUGAUAAGCUGGGUGGAGAGAGCACGAGAAAUUCUUGAAACUUUGCCUGAGCCAAGAAAGAUUUUCAUCGCCAGCGACAACAAUGAAGUUAUCCAAAAAUUUAUUGGUGUUUUUGGAAAAGAAACGGUAAGUGUUGAUUUUGUAUAGUGUUAGUCCAUUCAGCGGCGCAUUCGCUCUAUUCAAAGUUUACAAGCCUUAAUUUACUGGUAGCAAAAAAAGAAAACGGGAACGAAUUUUCAGC